AUGGACCACGAUGACCGAGAGGCAUCUUCGGCCGCCGUAGAUGAGAGCCACGGAGGGGCCAGCGAUACGGAGCCGCAGAACCAGCUGGAGGUCGUUUUCUACCCCGAUUCCAGCCACCGCCGCAAAUCCUCAUUGGUGACCAUGGAGAAACCCCGAAUGAGACGCCACGAUACACAGGAUAGAACAACAGCUUGCUAUGUGCACUCCCUUAUUGCGGGCGAAUGGGCGGCGCCAUUACCGAAAUCUGCCGAUAAAAAAGAGGUGAUUCGUGCGCUGAGCGAAGACGAACCCGCUGUCGAUUCAAAGGUGCUUGGUGAUGAUAAUGUCGUUUCGGUGCCAGUGGUUGAUAGCGACACCAAAACACUCAAAUUGGAGCCUACAGUCAUUCAAUCCCGACAUCUGACCAAGCGCCAGCUGUCUGAUAUGGCGUGGAACGUACGCAAGCUCUCGAAGAAGCUGGGAAGCAUCAAGCUCAGAUUGACCGUGAGGAACGUCUUCAUCGUGAGCAAGACACAUGACGAAUCCUUAGUGAGCCUGACCAGAAAAGUCACUCGCUGGUUACUAUCCAAGGAACGAGACUCGCCGUACACCGUCUACGUUGAACGCCGCAUGGAAACCCACCCGGACUUUGGGACGUUGCAGCUACUGCAAGAUGAACCGUCUGCGAAGGGCCGGCUCAAGUUCUGGGACCCUAAGCUUGCACAGGACCAGCCCCAUCUAUUCGAUUUCGUUAUCACCCUGGGAGGAGACGGAACGGUCCUAUACACCAGCUGGCUAUUCCAGCGUAUUGUUCCACCUGUUCUGUCAUUUGCGCUUGGGUCGUUAGGCUUCUUGACAAACUUUGACUUUGCUGAUUAUAAAAAGAUCCUGGAGACCGCUUUCCGAGAUGGCGUGGUUGUGAGUCUUCGAUUGCGAUUUGAGUGCACGAUCAUGAGAAGCAAGGCACGGUUGAAAGAUCCGCAUAGUCGUGCAUUGACGAGUCGCGACUUGGUGGAGGAGUUGAUUGGGGAGGAAGGGGAAGAUACAUUGACGCAUACGCCGGACCGAGUCUAUGAGAUCUUGAAUGAUGUCGUCCUGGAUCGUGGACCAAACCCAACCAUGUCUCAAAUUGAACUGUUUGGCGAUGACGAGCAUUUUACUACCCUACUAGCAGAUGGAAUCUGCAUUGCCACCCCGACAGGAUCAACGGCGUAUAAUCUCGCUGCUGGAGGAUCGCUCUCUCACCCUGAGAACCCGGUGAUCUUGGUAACGGCCAUUUGCGCCCAUACUCUUUCAUUCCGCCCGAUCAUUCUACCUGAUACAAUUGUAUUGCGCAUGGGCGUUCCCUAUGAUGCGCGUACUAGUUCCUGGGCCAGUUUUGAUGGCCGGGAGAGGGUAGAAUUACAUCCCGGCGACUAUGUCACUGUGUCGGCGUCAAGAUAUCCGUUUGCCAAUGUCUUGGCUCAAGACCGACGUGGCGAAGACUGGGUACACAGCAUCUCAAAAACACUGAAUUGGAAUUCCCGUACGAAGCAGAAGAGUUUCAAAUAA